CUGGCAGCCAUCACAGUUCGUCGUUGGCAAUCGCAGUGCAAAGUUCGUCUUUUGUGGUGUACGUUCUUGUGCAAGAAAAGUGAAAAUUAGUUGGAAAAAUUCCUGGAAAAUUAACCAAAAACUGUGCAAAAGAUUGAACAUAAUUAUAGCCGACAAAUAAGAAAUAAAUUGAGGACGACUGUAUUCGAGUUUGCGUUACGAAGAACGCGUGUGUAGUACACGAUACGACUACUGAUAAGAUUAACUGAUUAUUACAUACAUAAAAAAAUAACGAGAGGUGCAGUCCCACUUUGAACCACAAAACCAUGGAGCAGUUUACCCCCAAGGAGGUAAAAAUCCUCGAGAGCGCUGAGGAUAUUCAGGAGCGCCGUGAACAGGUGCUGAAUCGGUACAAUGAGUUCAAGGUGGAAACGCGCCACAAGCGCGAGAAGUUGGAGGACUCGCGUCGCUUCCAGUAUUUCAAGCGGGAUUCCGAUGAGCUGGAAAGUUGGAUCCACGAGAAGUUGCAGGCCGCCUCGGAGGAGAGCUAUCGUGAUCCGACGAAUUUGCAGGCUAAAAUCCAGAAGCACCAGGCGUUCGAGGCCGAAGUUUCGGCCCACAGCAAUGCGAUCGUCGUGCUGGAUAACACCGGCCAGGAGAUGAUCAACCAGCAGCAUUUCGCUUCCGAUAUUAUCCAGCGCAGGUUGGACGAGUUGCAUCGUUUGUGGGAACUGUUGCUGUCACGUCUGGCCGAGAAGGGAAUGAAGCUCCAGCAGGCUUUGGUGUUGGUGCAGUUUUUGCGUCACUGCGAAGAGGUCAUGUUUUGGAUCAAGGAUAAGGAGGCGUUUGUUACUGCGGAUGAGUUCGGCCAGGAUCUUGAACACGUGGAGGUAUUGCAAAGGAAAUUUGACGAAUUUCAGAAGGAUAUGGCCUCACAAGAGUAUCGUGUAACGGAAGUCAAUGAGCUGGCCGAUAAGCUGCUGUCCAAUGGGCAUCCAGAACGUGAAACCAUCACUCGUAGAAAGGAAGAAUUGAACGAGGCUUGGCAACGCCUUAAACAGUUGGCCAUUCUGCGCCAGGAAAAACUGUUUGGAGCUCAUGAAAUCCAACGUUUCAAUCGCGACGCCGAUGAAACCGUUGCGUGGAUUGCCGAGAAAGACGUUGUCCUGUCGUCCGAUGAUUAUGGACGUGAUUUGGCUAGCGUACAAGCGUUGCAGCGAAAGCAUGAGGGUGUUGAGCGCGAUUUGGCCGCUUUGGAAGACAAGGUAGCAACUUUGGGCGCCGAAGCUGGUCGCUUGUGUAGUAUUCAUGCCGAUCACAGUGAUCAAAUUCGAGAGAAGCAAGCGGAAAUUGCCGCCUAUUGGCAAUCGCUUACUGCCAAAGCUAAGGAACGCAAGCAGAAAUUGGACGAAUCAUACUUCUUGCAUCGUUUCUUGGCCGAUUUCCGUGAUUUGGUCUCGUGGAUCAACGGAAUGAAGGCGAUCAUUUCGGCUGAUGAGCUUGCCAAGGAUGUCGCUGGAGCUGAAGCUCUUUUGGAGCGCCAUCAAGAGCAUAAGGGUGAAAUCGAUGCUCGCGGGGAUAGCUUCAAAGUCACUACCGAAGCUGGUCGGCAGUUGCUAGAGCGUGAACAUUAUGCUGCAGCAGAAGUUCAAGAAAAGCUGGCUGCUUUGGAGAGCGACAAGAGUUCACUUCUCGCUCUUUGGGAAGAUCGUAGGAUCCUGUACGAGCAAUGUAUGGAUUUGCAACUGUUCUACCGUGACACGGAACAGGCCGAUACCUGGAUGGCCAAGCAAGAGGCGUUUCUUGCUAACGAAGAUCUUGGAGAUUCGUUGGAUUCCGUCGAAGCGUUGAUCAAGAAGCAUGAGGAUUUCGAGAAAAGUCUGGCUGCCCAAGAGGAAAAAAUCAAAGCUUUGGAUGUUUUCGCAACCAAGCUGAUCGACGGUCAGCAUUAUGCUGCUGAUGAUGUGGCACAGCGUCGUUCCAUGCUGUUGGCUCGUCGCUCAGCUCUUCUCGAGAAAUCCUCUAUUCGCCGUCAGCUUUUGGAAGAUUCGAGUGCUCUGCAACAGUUCGAACGAGACUGUGAUGAAACCAAGGGAUGGAUUAGCGAGAAGCUCAAGUUUGCUACCGACGAUAGCUACCUGGAUCCGACUAACUUGAAUGGAAAGGUUCAAAAGCACACCAACUUCGAGCAUGAACUUACUGCUAACAAAAGUCGCAUUGAGGAUAUAACCACCAAUGGACAGAAUCUGAUUGAGAAAGGGCACUAUGCAGCAGAUCAAAUCAAUUCGCGCAUGCAGGAAAUUGUGACUUUGUGGGAAUCGCUUGUUCAGGCAUCCGACAAGAAGGGUUGCAAGCUUCAGGAAGCUUCCCAGCAGCAGCAGUUCAAUCGUACUGUCGAAGAUAUUGAGCUGUGGUUGAGCGAAGUCGAGGGGCAGCUGAUGUCCGAAGACUACGGCAAGGAUCUGACUAGCGUGCAGAAUUUACAGAAGAAACAUGCUCUACUGGAAGCCGACGUGAUGGCUCAUCAGGAUCGUAUCGAAGGCAUCAAGGUAGCAGCGAAUAAGUUUGUCGAGAGUGGUCAUUUCGAUGCAGACAAUAUCCGCAACAAGGAAAAUGCUUUGUCCAAACGCUACGGUGCGUUGGCCACCCCGAUGACUGAACGUAAGCAGCGGCUUUUGGAUUCGCUACAAGUUCAGCAGCUUUUCCGCGAUCUGGAGGAUGAGGCUGCAUGGAUUCGCGAGAAGGAACCUGUGGCAGCCUCCACUAAUCGUGGUCGUGAUUUGAUUGGUGUCCAGAACUUGAUCAAGAAACACCAGGCCGUGUUGGCUGAAAUUAACAAUCACGAGAAUCGCUGUGCGGCUGUAAUCGCUAAUGGUGAGCAAAUGUUGACCGAGCAACCCUUCGCAGGUGAAGAAAUCAAGUUGCGACUGGAUUCAGUGAAGGAGCAAUGGAGCUCACUGAAGGAGAAGGCUAACCAACGCAAACAGGAUCUGGAAGAUUCGCUGCAGGCUCAUCAAUAUUUUGCCGAUGCUAAUGAAGCCGAAUCUUGGAUGCGUGAGAAGGAGCCCAUUGUUUCAAAUCAGGAUUAUGGGAAGGAUGAGGAUUCCUCGGAGGCCUUGUUGAAGAAGCAUGAAGCGUUAGUUUCUGAUUUGGAAGCAUUCGGUAAUACCAUCCAAGCUCUGCAGGAACAAGCCAAGAACUGUCGUCAACAGGAAACUCCCGUUGUUGAUAUUACUGGAAAGGAAUGUGUUAUGGCUUUAUAUGAUUAUACUGAGAAAUCUCCCCGCGAGGUUUCCAUGAAGAAGGGAGAUGUCUUGACUCUGUUGAAUUCGAACAACAAAGACUGGUGGAAGGUUGAGGUUAACGAUCGUCAGGGUUUCGUACCGGCUGCCUACAUCAAGAAGAUCGAUCCCGGUCUAAGUGCUAGUCAACAGAAUUUGGUCGAUGGUCAUUCAAUCGCCAAGCGUCAGACUCAAAUCAACAGCCAAUACGACAAUCUGUUGGCGUUGGCUCAUGAGCGUCAGAAUAAGUUGAAUGAAACGGUUAAGGCAUAUGUGCUGGUUCGUGAAGCUGCUGAUUUGUCCGCUUGGAUCAAGGAUAAGGAAAGUCACGCCCAAAUCAAAGAUGUUGGUGAAGAUUUAGAGGAGGUUGAGGUUAUGCAGAAGAAAUUCGAUGACUUCAACGAUGAUCUUAAGGCUAACGAAGUUAGACUGGCUAAAUUGAACGAAAUUGCAGUCCAGUUAACCUCAUUGGGACAGACUGAAGCUGCAUUGAAGAUUAAGACCCAGAUCCAAACUUUGAACGAAGAGUGGGCGACUUUGCAAACCAUUACGCAGGAACGUGCAAGUCAACUUGGAUCUGCUCACGAGGUUCAACGAUUCCACCGUGAUGUAGACGAAACCAAGGAUUGGAUUGCCGAGAAAGAUAAUGCUUUGACUAACGACGAUUUGGGCAAGGAUCUGCGCGGUGUUCAGACCCUUCAGCGUAAGCACGAGGGUUUGGAGCGUGAUUUGGCCGCUCUGCGCGAUAAGAUCCGUCAGUUGGAUGAAACUGCGAAUCGACUGAUGCAAUCUCAUCCGGAUACAGCGGAGCAGACUUACGCCAAACAGAAGGAAAUCAAUGAAGAGUGGCAACAGGUCGUCGCCAAGGCUCAACAGCGCAAGGAGAAAUUGCUGGACUCGUACGAUUUACAGCGUUUCUUGAGUGAUUACCGCGAUUUGAUGGCCUGGAUCAGCUCGAUGAUGGGGCUGGUCACUUCGGAGGAGCUGGCAAAUGAUGUCACCGGAGCUGAGGCGCUGAUCGAGAGACACCAGAAUCAUCGUGCUGAAAUUGAUUUUCGUUACGGUGUCCCGCAGGAACACCGUACUGAGGUAGAUGCCCGUGCCGGAACUUUUGCGGCUUUCGAACAGUUCGGAGCGGAACUGCUGCAGGCGAAUCACUAUGCCUCGCCCGAGAUACAGGAGAAGAUCGAAAACUUGGCCAAGGCUCGCGAGGAUCUGGAACAUGCCUGGACGGCCCGUCGUUUGCAGUUGGAUCAGAACCUCGACUUGCAGCUGUAUCUGCGUGACUGUGAACAGGCCGAGAAUUGGAUGAGUGCUCGCGAGGCUUUCUUGAAUGCCGAAGAGGUUGACUCCAAGGGUGAUAAUGUGGAGGCGCUGAUUAAAAAACAUGAAGACUUCGAUAAGGCCAUCAAUGGACACGAGGAGAAGAUUGCCGCUCUACAGGUGCUGGCUGAUCAGCUGAUUGCCCAGGAGCACUAUGCUGGAAGGUUAAUCAAUGAUAAGCGUUCCGAGGUGCUGGAUCGUUGGCGUCACCUGAAGGAGGAUCUGAUCGAGAAACGUUCACGUUUGGGAGAUGAACAGACGCUGCAGCAGUUUUCACGUGAUGCCGAUGAGAUUGAGAAUUGGAUUGCCGAGAAACUGCAGCUCGCUACCGAGGAAAGUUAUAAAGAUCCAGCAAAUAUUCAAUCGAAACAUCAGAAGCAUCAAGCGUUCGAAGCUGAGUUGGCUGCGAACGCUGAUCGUAUCCAGAGCGUAUUGGCCAUGGGUAGCAACCUGAUUGAUAGGAAUCAAUGCAGCGGAUCUGAAGAUGCCGUUCAGAAACGGUUGACCCAGAUUGCUGACCAGUGGGAGUAUCUGACUCAGAAGACCACUGAGAAAUCGCUGAAGCUGAAGGAAGCCAACAAGCAGCGCACGUACAUUGCAGCGGUGAAGGAUCUGGACUUUUGGCUUGGUGAAGUCGAAAGCUUGCUGACUUCCGAGGAUGCCGGAAAAGAUUUGGCUUCGGUGCAGAAUCUGAUGAAGAAACAUCAACUUGUUGAAGCCGAUAUUAACGCGCACGAAGAUCGCAUCAAGGACAUGAAUGCACAAGCUGAUUCACUUGUUGAAAGUGGCCAGUUUGAUAGUGCUGGUAUCCAAGAGAAGCGUCAGUCGAUUAACGAACGCUAUGAGCGCAUUUGCAAUUUGGCUGCUCACCGCCAGGCUCGUUUGAACGAAGCCAACACGUUACAUCAAUUCUUCCGAGAUAUUGCGGAUGAAGAAUCCUGGAUCAAGGAGAAGAAGCUACUCGUAGGCUCUGAUGAUUAUGGUCGGGACUUGACCGGAGUACAAAAUCUGAAGAAGAAACAUAAGCGUCUGGAAGCUGAAUUGGCCUCGCAUGAGCCGGCCAUUCAAGCCGUUCAAGAGGCCGGAGAGAAACUUAUGGACGUUUCUAACCUUGGAGUUCCGGAAAUUGAACAGCGCCUGAAGGCACUCAAUCAAGCCUGGGCUGAACUGAAAGGUCUAGCGGCCACUCGAGGCCAGAAGUUGGAUGAAUCGCUUAUUUAUCAACAAUUUUUGGCGAAGGUCGAAGAAGAAGAGGCAUGGAUUACCGAGAAGCAGCAGCUGCUUUCGGUUGAAGAUUACGGGGAUUCGAUGGCCGCCGUUCAAGGUUUGCUGAAGAAGCAUGAUGCCUUCGAGACAGACUUUGCAGCUCACCGCGAUCGUUGCUCCGAUAUCCGUGACAAUGGACAGACUUUGGUGACCAACAACAAUCAUCAUGGCGAGAGCAUUUCACAACGUUGUGCGCAACUCGAUAAGAAACUGGAGAACCUCCAGGCACUGGCAACCCGUCGUAAAAAUGCUCUGUUGGAUAACUUCGCCUAUCUGCAGUUCAUGUGGAAAGCCGAUGUCGUUGAGAGCUGGAUUGCUGAUAAGGAGAAUCAUGUUAAGUCGGAGGAGUUUGGGCGUGAUUUGUCUACUGUUCAAACAUUGUUGACUAAGCAGGAGACAUUCGACGCUGGUCUCUCUGCCUUCGAACAGGAAGGAAUUCACAACAUAACCGCUCUGAAGGAUCAGUUGAUUAAUGCAAAUCACGCCCAAUCGGCCGCUAUUCUAAAGCGACAUGAAGAUGUGUUGACUCGCUGGCAGAAGCUGCGUGCUGAUUCGGAGGCUCGUAAGUACCGCCUACUGGCCAUGCAAGAACAGUUCCGUCAGAUCGAGGAUCUUUAUCUGACAUUCGCCAAGAAGGCAUCGGCAUUCAACUCUUGGUUCGAGAACGCCGAAGAAGAUUUGACCGAUCCGGUGCGCUGUAACUCAAUCGAAGAAAUUACUGCCUUGCGUGCGGCCCAUGCCCAAUUCCAAGCUUCGCUGUCGUCCGCUCAGUACGAUUUCCAGGCGCUGGCCGAUUUGGAUCGCAAGAUCAAGAGCUUCAAUGUUGGCCCUAACCCAUACACUUGGUUCACGAUGGAAGCGCUUGAGGAUACCUGGCGCAAUUUGCAAAAGAUCAUUGAGGAACGCGAUGCGGAGUUGGCGAAGGAAGUUCAUCGCCAGGAGGAGAACGACAAGUUGCGCAAGGAGUUCGCCAAGCACGCCAAUUUGUUCCACCAGUGGCUCACCGAAACAAGAUACCACAUACUGGGCUGGGAUAAAAAUGGAACCUCUCUCAUGGAAGGCUCGGGAUCGUUGGAAGAACAAUUCGAAGCGCUUUGUCAUAAGGCUAACGAAAUCCGAGCACGUCGUGGCGAUCUGAAGAAGAUUGAGGAGUUGGGAGCUACGCUAGAGGAACAUCUCAUUCUGGAUAACCGUUACACCGAGCAUUCGACUGUUGGUCUCGCCCAACAGUGGGAUCAGCUGGAUCAGCUAGCCAUGCGUAUGCAGCACAACUUGAAACAGCAGAUACAGGCUCGUAACCAGUCUGGCGUAUCGGAAGAUUCCCUCAAGGAGUUCUCGAUGAUGUUCAAACACUUCGACAAGGAUAAGAGCGGAAAACUCAACCACCAGGAGUUCAAAUCCUGCCUGCGAGCUUUGGGCUACGAUCUGCCAAUGGUCGAGGAAGGACAACCCGAUCCGGAGUUUGAGGAAAUUCUGAAUGUGGUCGACCCGAACCGCGAUGGUCAUGUUUCGCUGCAGGAGUAUAUUGCCUUCAUGAUUUCCAAGGAAACCGAAAACGUUCAAAGCUACGAGGAAAUCGAGAAUGCCUUCCGCGCUAUCACCGCCUCCGAUCGUCCUUACGUCACCAAGGAUGAGUUAUAUUCCAACCUCACCAAGGACAUGGCAGAUUAUUGUGUCCAAAGGAUGAAACCAUUCAACGACCCGAAGACAAGCCUGCCUAUAACGGGUGCCCUCGAUUAUGUGGAAUUCACUCGAACCUUGUUCCAAAACUAAGCACACGUUUCGAAAGCUUUUAACAUUUCAGCUAAAUAAAUUUUAUUUUGGCUUAUCCGUAGACGCACGAUAAAAAAACAAUUUGGCCUAUUUAUGUCGAUAAGUUUUACCUUGCAUAAACCUUUUUAACAAUGGAAUAAUUUUAAAUAUUUAUACGAAAGAAUAUUUUUAUGACACAUUUGAUAAUAAUUCACAAAACGCUUUCAACGUUCCCGCAAAACAAUUCGUUUCUAGUGGAUAAGGAGCACUCAAGUUUAACAUGUAUGGAAUCCUUCCGCCUCCGACGAUAUUCUGACCAAUUUCCGGACUAGUAGAAAUUGGCUUUGAAUAUAACCGCUCCCGGCACCGACAAAAUUACCGAAGAACGGAGAAUGAGUAAAACUAUUUCGAAUUGACGUAUUCGUGGUCGAUUAUAGAGAUAAAUAUUUAUUCAAAGCAGAAAAUGUAUUACCGUUCUUAGAACAAGCUUUUAUCUAACUGUUCGUGUUUUGCAAAAAGAAAAUGAAAUAGCGAAAGUUAAAAAAAGAUGAGACAUGAAACAAAAAGGCUUUGAGUUCGAUGAGCGGAAUAAAAACAGCCAUCAGUAGCAGCUUAUUAGAGCGAAACGAAAUAUCAAAAUAUAACCAUUAUAUGAAUGCAUUUUCCCUCUAUUUAUUAUUGGAAAUAAAACAAAGCAUGUCUGAGCACUUUGAAAUUAA